GUAAAAAAGAAAAUGGCGGCACGCUGUUGGGCCGCUUCCGCCGUGCAGCCAGCGUCUGCACACGGAGGUUCAGUUUGUCUGGUUUGAUGUUUGGUGACUGCUGCUGUCAUUCUCUGGUCUUUUUUCUUUUUCUAAACCACAGAGGAGUGUGUACGGACCAUUUAUAACGACGGAUUAUCCCCUGUGCCUGAACUGAAGGAACCGUAAAGCAUUUUUGUAGUACUAUGCUGCAGCUAUGUUCAUUGAUGAGACGGAGCCUCUAGCUAAUGACAGUGUACAUAAUAUACAAGCAUAGCUGUUGCAGUCUCUUAAACGACACAUUUUGCUGUUUUUAAUGCACGCUCUCAUUAUUGGACACGGACAUGACAGCUAAAUAGUGGUUGCAGCAGCUCUGUUGAGCAGAACAGACUCGGAACAGCAACACCACAGCAUGUUUUAACUGGAGUCACAGCAUCUGAAAAAGAUGAACAGGAAGAAGGAUAAAGGAUUUGAGAGUCCUCGGCCUUUUAAAUUGACCCACCAGGUGGUGUGCAUCAAUAACAUAAACUUCCAGAGGAAGUCCGUUAUUGGCUACGUUGAGCUGACCAUUUUCCCCACAGUGGUGAACCUGAACAGGAUCAAGCUCAACAGUAAACAGUGUCGCAUUUAUAGGGUCCGCGUCAAUGAACUAGAAGCUCCAUUCAUUUACAAUGACCCCACAUUGGAAGUGUGUCACCAUGAGUCUAAGCAGAGGAAUCUUAAUUAUUUCUCCAGUGCCUAUGCAGCAGCAGUGAGUGCUGUAGAUCCAGACGCUGGUCAUGGGGAACUGGUUAUUAAAGUUCCUGCUGAACUCUGGAAAAAAAGAGAUGACUUGAAAGUUUUGAAGGUGUACAUAGAAUUUUCUCUGGACCAGCCAAAAGGAGGUCUCCACUUUGUUGUUCCUGAUAUUGAGGGCAGCAUGGCAGAAAGAGGAGCUCAUGUGUUUUCCUUUGGGUACCAGAACUCCUCCAGGUUCUGGUUCCCGUGUGUGGAUUCCUACUCCGAGCUCUGUACUUGGAAGCUAGAGUUCACUGUUGAUGCUUCCAUGGUGGCAGUGUCCUGUGGUGAUUUAGUGGAGACCAUUUACACUCAUGAUAUGAGAAAGAAGACCUUUCACUAUGUCCUUCCUAUUCCUACUGCAGCCCCAAACAUCUCCCUGGCUGUGGGUCCUUUUGAAAUCCUGGUGGACCCCUACAUGCAUGAGGUGACCCACUUCUGUCUGCCACAACUUCUGCCUCUGCUCAAACACACAAUGUCUUACCUGCAUGAGAUUUUUGAGUUCUAUGAAGAGAUCUUGACCUGCCGCUACCCUUACUCCUGCUUCAAGACCGUCUUUGUAGACGAGGCCUAUGUGCAAGUGUCCGCCUAUGCAUCCAUGGGCAUUUUCAGCACUAACCUUCUUCAUAGUGCCAUGAUCAUAGACCAGACUCCAAUGACACGUCAGUGUCUGGCCCAGGCUUUAGCUCAGCAGUUCUUUGGCUGCUUCAUUUCCAGAAUGACAUGGGCCGAUGAGUGGGUGUUGAAGGGGAUCUCUGGCUACAUUUAUGGCCUGUACUUGAAGAAAACCUUUGGAGUCAAUGAGUAUCGACACUGGAUAAAAGAGGAGCUGGAUAAGAUCGUUGACUACGAGCUAAAGAUGGGAGGUGUUCUGCUGCACCCAACCUUCAGUGGAGUCAAAGAGAAAGACAAUCCAACCCCCCAUCUCCACUUCUCUGUCAAACACCCUCACACGUUGUCCUGGGAAUACUACAAGAUGUUCCAGUGUAAGGCUCACCUGGUGAUGAGGUUGAUAGAGAACAGAAUCAGCAUGGAGUUCAUGCUGCAGGUUUUUAAUAAACUCUUGAGUUUGGCCAGUACGGCCUCGUCUCAGAAGUAUCAGAGUCACAUGUGGAGCCAGAUGCUAGUGUCUACUCACGCCUUCCUCAAAUCCAUCUCCAACGUUUCUGGCAAAGACAUUGGGCCAGUCAUCAAACAAUGGGUAGACCAAAGUGGUGUGGUGAAAUUCUUUGGAAGUUUUGCCUUCAACAGGAAGAGGAACGUGCUGGAGCUGGAGAUCCGUCAGGACUAUACAUCAUCUGGAACUCAGAAAUAUGUGGGUCCGAUCAAGGUGACUGUGCAAGAGUUGGACGGAUCCUUCAACCACACACUGCAGAUUGAGGAGAACAGCCUGAAACACGACAUCCCCUGUCACUCCAAGAGCAGACGAAACAAGAAAAAGAAGAUUCCCCUGAUGAAUGGAGAAGAGGUGGACAUGGAUCUGUCAGCUAUGGAUGCUGAUUCUCCCCUCCUCUGGAUCCGGAUCGACCCAGACAUGUCCAUCCUGAGGAAGGUGGAGUUUGAGCAGGCGGACUUCAUGUGGCAGUACCAGCUGCGCUAUGAGAGGGAUGUAGUAGCACAGAUGGAGGCUAUUGCAGCAUUAGAGAAGUUUCCAACUCCUGCCUCCAGACUGGCUCUGACCGACAUCCUGGAGCAAGAACAGUGUUUCUACAAAGUCCGAAUGAUGGCCUGCUUCUGUUUAGCCAGGAUCGCCAACGCAAUGGUGAGCACAUGGCAGGGCCCCCCAGCUAUGAAGUCACUGUUCACCAGAAUGUUCUGCUGUAAGAGCUGCCCCAACAUCGUCAAGACCAACAACUUUAUCAACUUUCAGAGCUAUUUUUUGCAAAAGACGAUGCCUGUGGCAAUGGCCUUACUGCGAGAUGUCCAGAACCUCUGUCCCAAGGAUGUUCUCAACUUCAUACUUGACCUAAUCAAAUAUAAUGACAACAGAAAAAACAAAUUUUCAGAUAACUACUACCGUGCUGACCUGAUAGAAGCACUCACCAACUCUCUGACCCCUGCCAUCAGCAUCAACAACGAGGUGCGAACAGUGGACAACUUGAACGCUGAUGUGCGUCUCAUCUUGGAGGAGAUCACUCGAUUCCUUAACAUGGAAAAACUGCUUCCCAGUUUCAGGAACAUCAUCACUGUCAGUUGUCUGAAGGCGAUUCGUCAGCUGCAGAAAAACGGUCACAUUCCCAGUGACCCCUCACUGUUCAAGUCCUACGCAGAGUAUGGACACUUUGUAGAUGUUCGUAUCGCCGCUCUGGAGGCUCUAGUAGACUAUACAAGAGUGGAGAGAAGUGCAGUAGAACUACAGUGGCUGCUCCUCAUGGUCCAGGACGACCCUUCUCAUUACGUCAGACAUGAGAUCCUUGGCAUGCUCAGUAAGAACCCACCGUUCACAAAGGCAUCAGAGUCUGGCCUGUGUAAUGAAGCACUGGUGGACCAACUGUGGAAGCUCAUGAACUCAGGCACUUCUCAUGACUGGCGGCUCCGCUGUGACGCAGUAAACCUCUAUUACACAUUGUUUGGUCUCACUCGUCCUUCAUGUCUGCCGCUGCCUGAACUGGGCCUCGUGCUCAACCUGAAGGAGAAGAAAGCUGUGCUCAAUCCAACCAUCAAGCCUGAGUUGGGAAUGAUGAGUGUCGCCAUCGAUACACCUGCCAGUAUAGGUAUCCAUGGUGUCGGAAUGAGCUAUGCAGCUGUAGAAGAAGAACCAGAUCCUGUUUCAUUGGGUGUUUGUGGAGUUGGUCAGCCACUUCAAAGUUUGAAGAGAAAGGCUGAGACCCCCCUGGGAUCCCCACCAGAGCCAGGACAAAUCCUGCAGCAACAGGAUGACGAUGGUAGAGGAGGGCGCUAUAAGAUCAGGUUCAACAACAUGGAAGAUGAAGAUAUCGACAUGGAGACGGUCCACGACAGCCAGGCUUUCAUUCACCAACACCUCAACUUGUUAGAAAGACCAUCUACACCAGGUAAAGAACCUCUGUCAGUGGAACAGGCCAUUCUCUCCAUGCCUGCCACACCUGUGCCAUCAUUCUCCAAAGAGACCACCUCCUCAUCUUCCAAACACGCCGGCGAGCAUGGCCAUCACCAUCAUCAUCACCACCACGAACACAAGAAGAAGAAGAAAAAGCACAAGCACAAACACAAGCACAAGCACAAACAUGAGAGCAAAGACAAGGAAAGGGAGAGAGACAACUCGCACGCCUACAGCAACAGCCCCGCCAGUGGCAGAUCUCUGCAUUCACCAUCACUGUCUGACUGAACAGUCAGAAUCUACAAGGUUCACUCUCCUUUGGGGCCCAGGCUGGGGUCUCCUGGAGAACAUGGAUGAGAUGGAUGAGUUAGUGAAACUCGUUUGUAUGAAAUAGGUUUUUAAAACAGUAUGUUGGCAUCUCUGGAUAAGUGGAAAGACAUUUCACUUUGAAUUCUUGGUUUAAAUCCACGUGACGAAAGUGUGACCUUCUUCAUGUUGGUCCAUGUGGAAUGUUGUGGUUGAUGUAUGGUCACUGCAACAUUGCUAACAACUGCAGCCAUCAUGGAGCACAUCAAGGGCCACUGGCUAUUUGGCAGCCUGCUGGUGUUUUAGCAAAAACGUCGAUAAAGAAGACAAUAAUCAUGGACAUCUGAUGAGGAUGAUGUGAGGAGUAGAGCUAGAACACAUCUCUGUGCGCACCAUUCUGCAAAGUAUUCAAGGAUGCACAGAAUACGGUGUGGAGUCGUUUGGACUGUAUUAAAACCAGAGGACGAAUGCUAACACAUUAGAAUAAUAAAAGCUGUGGUCAAGAACAUGAGACCAAACAUUUGGAACAGAUGUUUUCAAACAGGAAUACCAUACAAGUAAAGAACAAUGGUAAAGUAUAAUGCUGCAUUUCAUGUCCAUAGUGUUGGAACGCCCUACUUUUGUAGGCAGUACUAUUGUUGGGGCCUCUGCUCCCGACAUAGCCCCCUUUUGUCAUUUUCACAGCUAUUGCUUCAAAACCUUUUUGAAUUAAUUUAAAGCACUGCAAUACCUAAAAUUGGACAUUUUCCCACAGAAAAGAUAAGUUUUCCUACAGUGACGCAGUUAAAAAAAAUUAAAAUUAAAGUAAUUUUAACUGCUGCCUUUCCCCUGCAAUAACCCCAUGCCCGCCACCUUAGGUACCAUAAGCCAGACUGGUAGUGAAAAUUAUGUUAAUUUGUAACUCUUUUGUGAUUUUGUUUUAAUGACCUAGUUAAAGAAUGCAUCACUUCCUUUAAGUCAAUACUUGAUUGCAACUGAUUAUUCACAGGCAGACAUAUAUGUUAUAUAACCUCACCUACCCCUCCCUCCAACUCUGCAUCACCAUAUACUGUAUUGUUACUGAUGGACUGAAGAAGGCCCUUAAGUCCAACCUGCGCUUAAAAGUGCCCUCUGUUGGACACAGUUGUAACUACUUUAGACAGUCUUAGACAUCAAACAGGGUUUUUAGUGUGGACAUGCAGAAAUGUUGUUGUUGGCCUUAAUUCCAGUUUGUAUCAACAGUCUAAUGAAAGGCAUUUGUGCAAACGAUCUAGCACAGGUUUAUUGACCUUUUCCAAAACAAAUUUCCUUGUUGGGAUAGAACCAAAUGACAGUGAACAUCUAUGCAAUGUUAACAAAAACACUUAAAAAGGCAGUUUUCUGUUCUAAAGAUUAGUUUUUAGAAAGAACCAGUUCAAUGACCUUGCCAAGCUGACCGUUUUCCAGUUUCAUGUCAUUGGCUGAGGAACAAGAUGAUGUACAUAAACAAGCCUGGUGUCAUUUACCAGAACAUCACCAGUGAAAAGUAACAGAGACGGUCUUUGGUGUUUUAAUGCUGUCCCCUGCCUACAGCCACAUGAUUGUUUUUCCUCAGACAGUCAAAUAAAGUUGUCCCCCACUUCAUACGACCCACCUCCACAGCCCCACAGCACAGUCACCACUCUGGUGCACCUCAUCCCCACAUCUCAAUCACGGCAUUCAGUGAGUGGCUACUGAGGGGAAGCCAGGAAGUUAGUGGAGUGGGUUACCAUCCUGCCUGGAUUGGACAGGACUGGACAUUUCCCCUGUGUCUUUACAGAGAAUCACUAAUCAGGAUUUUGUUUUUACUGUUCUCAACGAUUUCAGCUCACUUUUGUCUUUUCUAUAUUUUUGUUUUCAAUUUGUCAUUAUUAAUUAAAGAUUUUUUGUGUUCUUAGAUGUUUGGAUAAUAUCAAAUCCAACCUCGUCAGGCAGUUCAGCUGAGUUUACUCUGGCUCUCUUACCCUGGCUAUGAUUAGGUGGUUUUCUGAAAUAUGAAAAAUGCCAGCUGGAGUAGAAACUGUUAUUGAUAGGAUUCAACUUUUUAUAUAUCCUGCCUUCAUCUUCAUCAUCACUUCUUUUCUCAGUUCUCCAGUUUUGUACCCAUGUACACAGUUGUGGAUCUGCCGCUGUGGUCUUGUCAUGAUGUGCUGACAGUUUUGGUUGCAGUAGGUGCACAGUGGUAAUAUUUUUUCUACAUAGUAAUUUUUUAAGCCAAUAAAAAAAAUGAUUUACUUGUA